CACAGAACAGAAGGAAGAAAAACUCUGAGGCAGUCAGCAGAGCAGGAGGAAGAAAACAACUCUGAGGCAGUGUUACUGGUUUACCUCUCAGACUCCAGAAGAUGAAGAAAGAGGAUGAAGAGGAGGACAGAGUAUCCAUCUGUGUGUCUAUGAAGAGUGACUGGUCCAAUGAUCAUCCUCCAUACUUCAGUAAUGAACCUGGACCCUCAGACACAAAACGUCAGAACCACAAACAGAGAGCAGAGUCUCUAAUAUCCAGCUGUCUGUCUUUGAGGAGUGACUGGUCCAAUGAUCAUCCUCCAGUCUUCAGUAAUGAACCUGGACCCUCAGACACAAAACAGAGAGCAGAGUCUCUAAUAUCCAGCUGUCUGUCUGUGAAGAGUGACUGGUCCAAUGAUCAUCCUCCAACCUUCAGUAAUGAACCUGGACCCUCAGACACAAAAGAGAGGAAGAGGAGGGCUGUUUCUGUGGAGGAGCAGCUGUCCUGCUGUUCUUUGUGUCAGGACGUCCUGAAGGAUCCAGUCUCUACCAGCUGUGGACACUGGUUCUGCAGACAGUGCAUCACCUCAUACUGGGACCAGUCUGCUUCAUCAGGAGACUCCUCCUGUCCCCAGUGUGCAGAAAGAUCCAGAACCAGACCUGGACUGCAGACGGACAGUCAGACCAGCACUGUACAAACAGAAAGUGGUCAGCAGGAGGUUUUAGAUAAACAUCAGAUCAGUCUGAGCACGACAUAUGAGCGUGUGACUCAAGGAACCGAUGAAGCAGGAAGUGAAAUCCCUAUCAACGAUAUCUUCACUGAGGUCCACAUCACAGAGGGACUGAGUGAAGACGUUAAUACCCAACAUGAGGUGUGGCAGCUUGAAACAGCUUCCAAGAUGGAGACCCUCCAUGACGCUCCAAUCAAAUGUCAGGACAUCUUUAAAGUCUUACCUGACCAACAGAAAUACAUCAGAUGCAAACAGAAAAAGAUCAGAAGCGUUCUGACUAACGGUGUUGCUGGCGUUGGAAAAACCUUCACAGUGCAGAAGUUCACUCUGGACUGGGCAGUGGGCUCCGAAAACCAAGAUAUCAGUCUGCUGGUUCUGUUUCCGUUCAGAGAGCUGAACUCGAUCAAAGAUGAGCAGUACAGUCUGAUCAAGCUGAUCCAUGUUUUCUAUCCAACAUUACAGAAGCUCACAGCAGAGAAGCUCGCUGUCUGUAAAGUUCUGUUCAUCUUUGACGGCCUGGAUGAAAGCAGACUUUCACUGGAUUUCAACACCAAGGAAGUCGUGACUGAUGUCACACAGAAGACAUCAGUCAGUGUGCUGUUGACAAACCUCAUCAAGGGAAACCUGCUUCCCUCGGCUCUCAUCUGGAUAACAUCCCGACCUGCAGCAGCCAAUCAGAUCCCUCGUUCAUGUGUUGACAGGGUAACAGAAGUACGAGGCUUUGCUGAUGCCCAGAAGGAGGAGUACUUCAGGAAGAGAUUCAGUGAUAAAGAGCAGUCCAGCAAAAUCAUCUCACACAUCAAGACAUCCAGGAGCCUCCACAUCAUGUGUCGCAUCCCAGUCUUCUGCUGGAUCACUGCUUCAGUUCUGGACCACAUGUUGACUUCAGACCAGAGACGAGAGCUGCCCAAGACCCUGACUGACCUGUACUCACACUUCCUGCUGGUUCAAACAAAGAGGAAGAAGAACAAGUAUGAUGGGGGACAUGAGACGAGUCCAGAGGAGCUGACAGAGGCUGACAGAAAAGUUCUUCUGAAGCUGGGGAGGCUGGCGUUUGAACAGCUGCAGGAAGGAAACAUCCUGUUCUACAAAGAAGACCUGGAGCAGUGUGGUCUUGAUGUCACAGAGGCUGCAGUGUUAUCAGGAUUUUGUACACAGAUCUUCAAAACAGAGAAACUCCAGAAGAAAACAGUCUACAGCUUUGUUCAUCUGAGCGUUCAGGAGUUUCUGGCUGCAGUCUACAUGUACCACUGUUACACCAGCAGGAACACAGAGGUACUGAAGGACUUCCUGGGAGAAGACUACAGUGACUCAUCUCUGGAUCACUUCCUGAAGGGAGCCAUGGAGAAAUCUCUCCAAAAUAAAAAUGGCCACCUGGACCUGUUUGUUCGCUUCCUUCAUGGCCUCUCUCUGGAGUCCAACCAGAGUGUCUUAGGAGACCUGCUGGGUCAGACAGACAACAGUCCAGAAACCAUCCAGAGAGUCAUCAACAACCUGAAGGAGAUGAACACUGGGGAGGUCUCUCCUGACAGAAGCAUCAACAUCUUCCACUGUCUGAUGGAGAUGAAUGACGGCUCAGUACAUCAGGAGAUCCAAGAAUUCCUGAAGUCAGAGAACAGAUCAGAGAAGGAACUCUCUGUGAUCCACUGCUCAGCUCUGGCCUACAUGCUGCAGAUGUCAGAGGAGGUUCUGGAGGAGUUGGACCUGGAGAAGUACAACACAUCAUGGGCGGGACGACGGAGACUGAUCCCAGCUGUGAGGAACUGCAGAAAGGCUCGACUUCCUCGCUGUUAUCUCACAAACACUCACUGUGAAGUUGUGGCCUCAGCUCUGAAGGCUAACCCCUCCCAUCUGAGAGAUCUGGACCUGAGCUACAACGUCCUGAAUGAUCCAAUGAUGAAGUUUCUGUGUGCUGGACUGGAGAGUCCAAACUGUAAACUGGAGACUCUGAGAUUGUGUGGCUGCAGUUUGAUAAAGACCAGCUGUACUUCUCUGGCCUCAGCUCUGAAGUGCAACCCCUCCCAUCUGAGAGAGCUGGAUCUGAGUAACAACAAGCUCCAGGAUUCAGACAUUAAACUGCUGUCUGAUCUUAAGGAGAGUCCAGACUUUAGACUGGAGACUCUGAUAUUGGAGGACUGCAGUUCAUCAGAGACCAGCUGUGCUUCUCUGAUCUCAGCUCUGAAAUCUAACCCCUCCCAUCAGAGACAUCUGGAUCUGAGUCGCAACAAGCUGCAGGAUUCAGACGUGGAGCAGCUGUGUGAUCUUCUGAAGAGUCCACACUGUAGACUGAUGUAUCUGAUAUUGAGUGGCUGCAGUUUGUCAGAGACCAGCUGUGCUUCUCUGAUCUCAGCUCUGAAAUCUAACCCCUCCCAUCUGAUACGUCUGGAUCUGAGUAACAACAAGCUGCAGGAUUCAGACGUGGAGCAGCUGUGUGAUCUUCUGAAGAGUCCACACUGUAGACUGGAGUAUCUGAGAUUGGUUGGCUGCAGUUUGUCAGAGACCAGCUGUGCUUCUCUGAUCUCAGCUCUGAAAUCUAACCCCUCCCAUCUGAGACGGCUGGAUCUGAGCUACAACAAGCUGCAGGAUUCAGACGUGGAGCAGCUGUGUGAUCUUCUGAAGAGUCCACACUGUAGACUGGAGGAACUGAUAUUGAGGGGCUGCAGUUUGUCAGAGACCAGCUGUGCUUCUCUGAUCUCAACUCUGAAAUCUAACCCCUCCCAUCUGAGAUAUCUGAAUCUGAGUCUCAACAAGCUGCAGGAUUCAGACGUGGAGCAGCUGUGUGAUCUUCUGAAGAGUCCACACUGUAGACUGGAGAGUCUGCUAUUGUGGGGCUGCAGUUUGUCAGAGACCAGCUGUGCUUCUCUGAUCUCAGCUCUGAAAUCUAACCCCUCCCAUCUGAGAUAUCUGGAUCUGAGUAACAACAAGCUGCAGGAUUCAGACGUGGAGCAGCUGUGUGAUCUUCUGAAGAGUCCACACUGUAGACUGGAGUAUCUGGGAUUGAGGGACUGCAGUUUGUCAGAGACCAGCUAUGCUUCUCUGGUCUCAACUCUGAAGGACAACCCCUCCCAUCUGAUACAUCUGGAUCUGAUUAAAAACAAGCUGCAGGAUUCAGACGUGGAGCAGCUGUGUGAUCUUCUGAAGAGUCCACACUGUAGACUGAUGAAUCUGCUAUUGUUUGGCUGCAGUUUGUCAGAGACCAGCUGUGCUUCUCUGAUCUCAGCUCUGAAAUCUAACCCCUCCCAAUGGAGAUAUCUGGAUCUGGGCUACAACAAGCUGCAGGAUUCAGACGUGGAGCAGCUGUGUGAUCUUCUGAAGAGUCCACACUGUGGACUGGAGAAUCUGGGAUUGAUUGGCUGCAGUUUGUCAGAGACCAGCUGUGCUUCUCUGGCUGCAGCUCUGAAGUCCAACCCCUCCCAUCUGAGAAAUCUGAAUCUGAGAAACAACAACCUGAAGGAUUCAGACGUGAAGCUGCUGUCUGAUCUUAAGAAGAGUCCACGCUGCAGACUGGAGUUUCUGAGCUGGUGAUGAUCUCUGUCAGAGUGAGAGUGAACAUCCAGGAGUGUUGAGAGAGGAUCAGCUGGAUCCUGAUGAUCCAUCUGGAGUCUGGAUCUGGAUUUUAUCAUCUUCACUUAAGUCUCUUAACUGACUACAAACUGAACAGUUAUCUCUGGAUUUAGCUGAAGUCAGAACUUUACACAUGUGUUAUAUAUGAGCUGUUUGAUGUAGAUAAAGAUAAAAACAGGUGUUAUAAGUCAGACUCUGAGCUGGGCUCAUAUUUAUCAAGCGUCUCAGAAUCACACUGAGAGUUAAGGAGGACUAAAACUAAUGAAUGAAGCAGAAGAGAAUUGACUGUGACUUUCAGCAGGAGAAGGAUUACUGCUGGGAGAGAGUGAGACGUCGCUGUUUUACCACAGUCAGAGCAGCAAAGUAGAAAUGAUGAUGACGUGUUGUAGUUUUCUCACAGUCUCAGCUGUAAAUAUUAAACAGUGGUAAUUUGGUACUUGGCAUUAUUCUUCACCUUUUUAUCUUUUUUUUAAACUUCAAUAUAUUAUUAUUGUUGUGUGCAUCUUUUUGUCAUGUGUUUGUUGUGUGUAAGGAGAGCAGCAAAGCAAGAAUUGAAUUGCAUUGUCUUAACCUGCUGUGCACAUGGCAAUAAACUUCUUGAAUCUUGAAUCUUGAGUUUUGGUAUAUUAUGUGUGCAGACAGGUAACCAGGCAGGUAACUUACCAAAGUUAUAUAACAAUACAUAACCUUGCAUAACCAGCUCAUCACUGCUCUGGACCUCUCCC